AUGGGAGAUUCCUCGGGUUCAAGAAAUUCAUGGAGUGCCAUUGACUCUGCCAAAAUUGGUUUUCAGCUCCUAAAGAAGCACGGUUGGAAGGAAGGUACUGGUCUGGGAAUCGCCAAACAGGGGAUACUGGUGCCUGUAGAAACGCAAGUGAAACAUAAGACGCUUGGACUUGGAGCAGAAAACUCACAGAGACAAAGGAGAAAGGAAACAGAAAUGUCUCAUGCUACAAUUUCUCAAAACAGUGAAAAAGUGUCAAACGCUACAGGCGAGUCGGCUGGAUCAAGCAGUUCAUGGGCUGCUAUCAGUUCUUCCAACAUUGGGUUUCAGCUCCUAAAGAAGCAAGGCUGGAAGGAAGGCACUGGUCUUGGAAUCGCCGAACAGGGCAUCUUGGUGCCUGUACAGACAGAGCCCAAACAUAACAAACGAGGACUGGGAGCUGUUAAAACAAUUAAGCGAAAAGCUGCAAAACCUCAGGCUACAGAUUCUGGGCACAGCGAAAAGGAUGAGGAAGUACCAAAGAAAACCAAUAAACUUUCCAAGAAAAUGCGGAAGAUGAUCGAGCACGAAAAGCAUUUACAGGAAAAAGAAUUUGAACGUGCCUUCUUUAGAGAGUUCUGGCCUGAUAAUGUAUAA